AUGGUGCUGAUGAAAGCUGGCGCUUCCUUCUCGAGUCUCCCCGAACACCUCAAAGCUGGCCUGCCUGCCACAGCUGAUGAAGACAGUACAUACACGGCCAAAAACAACUUGACACUGCCAAACAGCGAUGAAGCAAGACAUCAUCUCGUCCAGAUUUAUGAAGACACCACAUUCAAUUUUGCGAAACCGCUCCAUCUGGGCCUGUUCUUUGACGUAGCGAUGAAGCUUCAGAAAGAUAAAAUACCAUCGCUCAAACUCUUGUCCAAUUCUGUCUGGGGGAAGCUAGACAAGGACGCCAAGAAGCGAAUCCAUGACGAUAUUGACAAAGAGGACGGACCUGACAAGCUUGCAAUUGCAAAGGAGAUUUUCCCGGCAGUGAAAUCUCGGUUUUCUGACAACCUUGCACCAAGUACCGUCAAUAUUAUCGCUGCAGUCAAGGUGCCAGAGAUAGUGGAUUAUAUCAUUGCCAACAAGGAUUCCUUUAAGUAA